GCUCUUUGUAGUGCGUAGCUUACGGGAAUCCGUGCCCACGUCGCUCGUUUUGCCAGACACAGAGUGUUAGACCGCGCAGGCUGACGCAUACGUUUCAUUCACAGAUUCUGCUUCUCAUUUGUUUAAAAUAACUACAAAAUGCCAGCUGCUCCAAGUUCUACUUCUGUGGGAGCUGCCAGUCGCUCUCCAAGCAAGGCUGUAGCCCCUCGUGCUGGAUUGGGUGGUACUGUAAGGCAACGUAAAACAGCACCCACAACUGCUGCAAGAAAUCGUAAUACUGGUACCAAUUCUGGUGGUAUGUGGAGAUUCUACACAGAUGACUCUCCUGGAAUCAAAGUUGGACCAGUACCUGUUUUGGUCAUGUCUCUACUUUUCAUUGCAUCAGUUUUCAUGCUUCAUAUCUGGGGCAAAUACACCAGGUCUUAAAUCACAAAAUCUUUAGUUUUAAGCAUAAAAAACUUAUAAAAACAAAAUAUUAGCUAUUAAAUAAAAAGAUUUAUACAAUUUUUUUCUAUUGAAAUAUGUUUUUCAUUGCAUGAACUUUAACUUGUUACUUUUAACCAAUUUGUUUUAUUUAUAAAUGUUUGAGAACUAGUUGAAUAUUUUGUUGAACGUUUUAUAACUUGAAAAGUUAUGUAUCAAUCAAUUCUUUUUGGUUUUUUAUUAAAUUAGUGAAAUUAUAAGGCAAGUUUAAAAUGAAAUUAAUUGGCAAUAUUUUAAACUUGUAUGUGAUCAUAUAUUGAUAAUUAAAACUGGAAAAAAUUAUACAGAAGUAAAUUUUCAUCUUUUUUAUUAUUUUCAAUAUCUAUAAAUAUAUAUUGUAUCAACUAUUAGUAAAAAUUUAAUUGUGAUAUUUUACAUCCAUAAUGCAUCAAUGAUGUAGCACCUUUCGUUAUCUUCAAGAAAUAAAUCACCGCUCUGCAUUUUUCUACAA